AUGAUUAUUAUAACGUUACUUCAUAUAUUAUUCUUUAUUAGAGGUAUCCAAGGAUUGCAUUUUUAUAUUUUUCCAGGUGAUACUAAAUGUUUCUAUGAAAAUUUGAAUAAGCAUGAACAAGUCACUGGUGAUUUCAUCCCAAUUUCAAUAACGGAUGUUCAGGAACCUAUUAGUAGGGAAAUAUUAAAAAAGUUAGAAUUUAAUUUGAAUUUGACUAUCCAUGAGCCAUUUUCAAAUAAUGAGUUGGUUUAUAAUAAUUUUGAAGUAGCAGUUACAAACUUUACUUUUACUGCAUUAUCAAAUGGUGAACACAAGAUUUGUGUGACCCCAACGAUUACAGAUUAUAAUAAAUUAAUUACAUUAGAGGUGGAUUUAAGCAGAACAAAAAAUAAUCUUUUAAAUUCACAGAGAUUUGAUACUGUAGAUGGUAUUCAUUACAGAAUAAAUAAUCUUGUGAAAAGAUUAUUAGAGAUUAAAAAAGAACAAAAAUUGGACAUGUUAGAGGAAACAACUAGAAUUUCAAAUAGUGAAUCAACAAGAAGAAAGAUUGUCUUAUUUUCUACGAUCCAGUUAUUAGUAAUAAUAAUAUUUUUCUCUAUUCAAUUGAAAAGACUAAAACUAAUGACAAUUAAAAAAAAAAUUCAAUGA